AUGCGAAUCCUCCCUACAUUUAUAACACUAAACUUGACAAAGUGCCUAACGUACCCACAAUUCAAUCAUUUAAACAAAACAAAUUACAUAAAGAGCACCAAUAGAUUACACACUUUUGCCAUGUCAAAAACAGCUCUCAUUGUAGCUGGCAACGGAUCGGAGGAUAUUGAAUUUGUAGCGGUUUGUGACGUGCUACAUCGCGGUGGAGUACAAAUCUCCACUGCUUCAGUUAGCGGUAAUAAAACAAUAACUCUAUCCCAUGGACUCAAGGUCAUUUUGGAUGAUUUGGUAGAGAAUGUUAAGGAAAAAAGCUUCGAUGCAAUUGUCGUUCCCGGUGGUUUGGACGGUUGUGUUAAUUGUGCACAAAACUUGACUUUGAUUGAGAUGCUGAAGAAGCAGAAGGAGGAUGGGAGGAUUUAUGCCGCUAUUUGCGCGGCUCCUGAAAUGGUAUUAGCGGCUCAUGGAAUAUUAGACGCCAAUACACCUGCUGUAGGGUACCCAGGAUGCGAUACUGGUAUACCAAACAAGGGAAGUGGUCGCGUUCAAGUCUCUGGAAAUUGCGUAACGUCUAUAUCCCCUGGAAGUGCAAUUGAAUUUGCGUUGACACUUGUUGAAUUGCUUUCUGGCCCUGAUAAAAUGAAGAGGGUCAAGUCUGGGCUCAUUCCACACCCUUCAAGUUAA